AGAAAAAGAGAAAAAGAGAGAAGGGAAAAUGUCAAAAUCAUAUGAUAUGGGCUUAGUAUAAAAACCGCCCAGAAAGUUACGAGCAAAGGCAUGCCCUUAGAAAAAGUUGCUAAUAGAGUUGUAGUGAGGGAAAGAAAUAAAUAUUCUCUCUCCCUGAAAAACCCUUGAAGUAGCGUUCAUUGCAAUCGACUUUUCAAAGAAAUGGCAAACAGUAAUCUCCCUCGAAGAAUCAUUAAGGAAACUCAACGACUUCUCAGUGAACCAGCUCCAGGAAUAAGUGCUUCGCCCUCUGAAGAUAAUAUGCGAUAUUUCAAUGUGAUGAUUCUUGGCCCCACACAGUCUCCUUAUGAAGGUGGAGUUUUCAAACUGGAACUCUUUCUUCCUGAAGAAUAUCCCAUGGCUGCACCAAAGGUUCGGUUUCUGACCAAAAUAUACCAUCCUAACAUUGACAAGCUUGGGAGAAUAUGUCUUGAUAUUCUGAAAGACAAAUGGAGUCCUGCUCUUCAGAUACGAACUGUACUUCUCAGCAUCCAAGCACUGCUCAGCGCCCCAAACCCCGAUGACCCACUUUCUGAGAACAUUGCCAAGCAUUGGAAGACGAAUGAGGCUGAAGCUGUGGAAACAGCCAAGGAAUGGACCCGUUUAUAUGCAAGUGGUGCGUGAAGAUUUGGUGGGAACUUCUACCCUUUCAAACAACGUUCAUGUGAUAUAUCCUUUUAACUGUUAAUUUGAAUGGAAAUUUGAAGAAUUGAUGUUUGAACAAAUCAAAAAAUUUAAUAUUUUUCAAAGCUUCCAGAUACUGCAUAUCAAAUUGUUCUCUGAUGUUGGAAGCACCGUCUUUGAACUUGUAUGAUUAGAUAAAUACAUUAUUCUACUCUUUCUCUGA